CUACAUCCAACCUGGAGCUGUGAACUCACUGGGAUUUACAGAGGCUCGUCAUUACAGUUGUGUAAGAAUGAGUAAAGAGGCAGAAAUGAAGGAGGUGGAGCUGAAUGAACUGGAGCAGGAGAAGCAGUCCAUGAGUGCAGAUACAGAGAAGAACGGCUGUGUGAAGGUGAAGGUGCCGGAGGAAAGGGAAGUCAAAUUCACUGGCCUCUCUAAAGAGGAGCUCAUGAGAGUGGCUGGCACAACAGGAUGGGUACGGACUCGGUGGAUCUUGCUGGUUUUGUUCUGGCUGGGCUGGGUAGGCAUGCUGGCCGGGGCAGUGGUGAUCAUCGUUCAGGCUCCACGGUGUAAACCAAUCCCUGAAAUGCACUGGUGGAAUGAGGGUCCACUCUACCAGAUAUCUGACGUGAAGGAAUUUUCUGAGGACUUUAAAGGAGUGGAGGACAAGCUGGACAGUAUAAACCAGCUGAAAGUAAAAGGAUUGAUUUUGGGCCCAAUACACAGUGUUCAAAAAGAUCAACCAAGUACACUGAAAUUGAAGGAUAUUAACCCUGAGGUGGGCAUAGAGAAAGCACUAGACAGUCUACUGGAAAGAGCACACAAGAAAGGAAUCUCCAUAGUGCUGGACUUGACACCCAACUAUGAGGGAAGUUCAGCUUGGUUCAACAAUGCUGCUGCUUUUGCAGAACAAUUUAAAGAUGCUUGUGCCCACUGGAUCCACAAGGGAAUAGAUGGCAUCCUUGUGUCUCAUCUGGAUGAGAUUGCCCGUGUGCCCGCAUGGUCAUCGAUACAGGCUGUUGUUCAGACAAACACCACAGAAGGGACCAAGAAAACAGCUUUAAUGGGUUCAGUCACUGGUUUGGCUCUUGAAGAAGUCUCUCAACUUCUGAACACCUCUAGAGUUGACCUGUUGAUAACUGGACUGGCUAAUUUAAACCAGUCUGGGGUGGAGCAGACAAAGGCAGUCAACAAGCUCUAUUCUAACCAUGCACACACCAGCCUGGCCUGGAAUCUGACUACAAAUAAUGCACCCAUACGCCUCUACCACACACUGCUCUUUACCCUGCCUGGCACCCCAGUGUUCAACAUGGGAGAUGAGGUUGGACUAAAGGAAGGGGAAGAUCAUAAUGCAAUCUGGGACUUGGAAAAUUCAGCUGAGGAAAAGAAUGAAACUGCAAAGACUUUACAAGAAGAACGCAGUGCGGUGCGAAACUUCUUUAAGACGCUUAGUGAUCUGAGGGGUAAAGAGAGAGCUCUGCUGCAUGGAGAAUACACCCCUCUAUACAACUCCACCUCCUCCAUUGCAUUUCUUCGUCUUUGGGAUCAAAGUGAACGCUUUAUCACUGUUGUAAAUUGGGGUGAUGCGCCCAUCACGAUGGCGCUAGCCCAUGACGAUAUUCCAGCUGAGGUCCGAGUGCGCCUAAGUACCGAUACAGAGAAGCUGGCUGUGGACAGCAUGGUGUGUGUAGAGAAACUAGAGCUAGGGCCCAAACAAGCAGUUUUACUGUCCUACCCCUAUGCUGGAUAGAAACACAACACAAGCAAAAGUUAAACAUAAUAAAACAUACUAAUUAAUGAGUAUUUGUUAACAGAACUGAAGCUAAAACUAUUAAAACAGUUAACUCAUUCCUGAUUAAAAAAGGCCAUAAAUUAGUGGACCAGUAACAUAUUUGUGUCUAAAUUGAGCACAGUGAGAGGUCAAUUUACAAGAAUAAACGUGAAGGAUGACUUAACAGUGUAAAUGCAGUAUGGGGAACUGUAGGAAAAAGUGGCUGUCACUGUAGCAGAAAUGACAUAUAAAGAAGAGUAAUGUAAUAUGAUCUCCCCUGUAUAAGAAAAACUAAAGCCCUGAUGGAAAGUAAUACAUUGUACAUCUAUAAUGAAAUGGUUCAUAUGAAGCCAAAUGGCAUAUAUUUCCCUCUCAGUAUUUGUGCAGUGUGGUAGACAGUUGAAUAUUUGACUGUGACCAUUACUUUUAAAAAAUAUACAAUUCUCUUCUGUGACAUUGCUGUUCUCACUUUUUAGUUUAGAAACAUAGAAACAGUGUGCAGUCUGUUUUUAGAUUAUGUUUAUGUAAAGUCCUCUACUAAAGGUUUUUAUAAGCAUAAUUAAAAAGUUAAAAAUCAUUGAGAAGCUUUUGGACAUUCUGGCCUUGUGUCUAUAAGAACCACUAUGGAAAGUUUAUAAUAAACACAGUGCAUACAUUUG